AACCACGUGAUACGGUUUUGUUUUGCGCAUCGCUCUUACGGUCGCUUCGGAGCUUGUGGAUUUCCUUGGUCAAACUGGAGAGGGUUCCUCGCGAUACCGCCGUUAAAAUGGUGACACCGGAGAACUUGUCCAGUGAGAUUAGUGGGCGAACGGACCCCCAAUAUGAGCGGGACCCGGCCGUCACACCGGUAGACAUGGACACGGCGAUCUUGCUUCUCGGAGCCGGGGUGACAGCGAUCACACACCCACUGUUAUACGUCAAACUGCUAAUUCAGGCAGGACAUGAACCCCUUGCCCCAACUGUUGGGACCACCAUGUUUGGGAGGAAAGUGCUCUACCUUCCUGGAUUCUUCUCAUAUGCACGGUAUAUUAUCAGGGUGGAUGGAAAGAGGGGGCUCUUCCGGGGCUUGUCUCCACGUAUCAUGUCCAGUGCCAUCUCCACGAUGGUCCGCAGUAAAGUCAAACAGGCCAUCCCGCAAGAGCAGGUAGAACAUGUAUCAAACCGAGAUGACCUGAAGACAUCCCUCAUGAAAGUAGUCAGAGAGACCUCAAAUGAGAUGGUCAUCCAGUGCCUGUCCAGAAUAGCUACUCAUCCUUUCCAUGUGAUCUCGGUGCGCUGUAUGGCCCAGUUUGUGGGGAGUGAAGUCAAGUACAAGGGCUUGUUCAGCUGCGUCUCCAGGAUCUUCAAGGAGGAGGGCAUUGAAGGAUUCUUUGUGGGUCUGGUGCCCCAUCUUCUAGGUGAGGUCAUCUUCCUGUGGUGCUGUAACCUUCUGGCGCACUUCAUCAACACCUACGCUGUGGACGACAACUUCAGCCAAGCACCAGCAGUGAGAAGCUACACUAAGUUUGUGAUGGGGAUCGCAGUGAGCGUGUUGACAUAUCCUUUCAUGCUGGUGGCAGAUCUUAUGGCAGUAAACAAUUGUGGAUUGAUGGCAGGUCUUCCUCCGAACUCUCCUAUCUUCAAAUCUUGGGUCCACUGCUGGAGUCACCUGAGCCAACAGGGAAAUCUCUUUCGAGGAUCCAGCUUCUUCUUCCGCAGAGUGCCUAUGACAACCAUGGUCUUGGAGGAAUGAUGUCACUUCCUGUCACCCACACCUUGUCACUGUUACUCCUCCUGGUCCGGUUGGUACCUCAGAGUGAUGAGCCACUUGUGUUCUCCGUUAGACAGAGCCUGACCCACCUUUGGAUAGAAGGAUGGCAGUAAGAUAAUACUGGCAUGCUGUCUGUUUGAAAAGUUAAAUCUACUUACAAAUUAAACAGAAUUUUUUCUUUCUUCUCUUGACCACCGAAAAACUUUAAAUUGUGCCAUUGGAUGUGAGCUUGAUGCUUAUUCUUGGCCAUUUAUUGUCAUUGUGAAAAGUAGUCCGGUUUCAAAAUACCAGCCCAAAGUUGCACUACUACUUUUUUCCUUUGUUUACUUGUGUGUGUCACUUUAUGUUGCCAUUAAUUUAUUUUUUCAAUUAAUAUACUUAAGUUCUAUGAAGGGUUGGGACUUUGAACGAUACACUUAGGUGUUCAGUUGACUAACUGUACAGUAUGCCAAAUGUUAGUUUCCUAAAAAAAUGUUCUUCCUAGUAUAGCCCCAGAAUAUUUGCUAAGACGUGCUAAACUCACCUUUUAAGAUAAACUCACGGGCAGACAUUUGCAAAUACAAAAAAAAGAUAAAUUGUUCGCGCUGCAUGCUAGUUGUCCUAGCAGUCCUCUGUGGACCACUUCUAAUUAGCAAUGAGACAUAUCCCCUUUGUUUACAAACCGUAAGUGUCCCCUCAUGAUCAGUGAUGAUCGGUGACGCUGACUGUGUCCUAUCAUUUCCUUCUUCUGAAAAAUCCCAGUUGCCUCUGGCAGAGGGGUUGGGGUGUGUUAGGGUGGGUGGGUGCUUGUUUGCUUGGACUAAGGCGUGGAAGUAGCAUGACAAGUAUACGAUGAACCAUGGUUUGCUGAUUUAGUGUGUGUGUGGGUGCCGCUGUUUGUGUGGGUGUCCUUUUGAAGAAGCACUUUAAAUAUCUUUGGUCAUCUAUUUAGUGUCUUUCUGAAAAGUAUGUUGUCGAGUAGAAUGAUGUCUUAUCUGUGUCUUGUUUUCUCAAAGUGAACAUGCUCUCUCUUGGGGGUUCUGUUUUCAGUCUGAUUUUCAAAAGAAAGCAGAGCAACAAUGUCUCUGUGUGACCUUGAUUAUUAUGUCUCAUCAGUCUUAUUUUACAGAGAUGAUCAGAAAUUCACCAUGUUCCUCUGUUUCUUCUCUGAUUGUUUUAACAUGGCUUGUGAUCUGGUUUUAUAAAUAAAACGAGAUAAAAAUGGUU